AUGUUCGCCAGACUCGUUACCGUCGCCGCUGGCCUCGCCACCCUCGCAGCCGCAGCUUCAGUCCGUCGUGACGGAUCGCGAUACGUCCAGAUCACUGUCAACAUCGCUUCAGGACUCGAAGAACAAAUCUACACUACGGUCUACGCCAACAUGUGGCUCACCUCAUUAGACGAUGUUUCCGCCUCUGGACUCAAGCUCAACGACUGGGACGAGUACAACGUUAACCCUUACACCGUGCAAUGCUGCGCGUAUAAGGAUACAGAUGGCGUGGAAGCUGCCAGCCUACCAUUCAUCGUUGGAUCGCCAGCUGCUUUGAGCAAGAAUUUGGUGACGAUCGGGAGUGUACUUUGCUAUGUUGUUGAGGAGGGCGAGGUUGCUACAACUUCGUGUGGACUGCUCAGCGAGAGCAUCGCAGGAUCGGAACAGAUUUCGAAAGAUCCUAACCACGACGCCGUGGUUGUAGGCGCCGGCUUCGGAGGAUUGGCUGCGCUGUACUUUCUCAAAGAGCAGGGUCUCAAUGUAAAGGGCAUCGAUUCGGCCUCAGAUGUAGGUGGUACAUGGUACUGGAAUCGCUAUCCAGGCGCACGUAGCGAUGUCGAGAGCUUCGUCUAUAGAUUGUCGAUUGACAAGGAAUUGCUACGCGAUGAUCCUCGGAAAAACAAUUAUCUUACGCAGCCGGAGUUGAUAUCGUACUUUCAAGCUUCUGCUCGCCGCAAUGAUCUCUAUCCGCGCAUACAGUUCAACGCAGAGCUCAAAGCUGCAUCGUGGGACGAGAAGGAAGGGCUAUGGCAUCUGGAUUCGACCACGGGUGAGGCGCUCACUACUCGCUACCUGGUGACAGCGAUUGGCAUCCUUCAUCGGCCAAGUCUGCCAAAGCUGCCUGGCCUGAACACGUUGGGGGGCAAAGUAGUGCGUAGUGCGCAAUGGAGGGACGAGCUCAAUCCCUACAUCAAGAAGCGUGUCGCUGUGAUCGGAGCUGGAGCGUCUGGCGUGCAGCUUGUUGGGGCACUUAGUGAGACAGCACAGCACUUGACUCACUCCGUCCGCCAUGCGCAGUACGUCCUACCUGCACAGAUGCGUCCGGUCGGCCCCGAGGAGCGCAGCUUGAUCAAUGCGAAAUAUGAUCAGACAUGGACGGACGUCUUCACAUCUGCAGUGGCAAUGGGCUUUAUUGAGCCGAAUCGGCCAGCCCUGUCAGUCUCGCCCGAAGACGGUGAGAGAACCUUCCAAAACCUGUGGAACCAGGGCAGUGGCUUUCGAUUUAUGUUCGGAGGCUUCUCAGACAUCGUGUCUGACGAGGCGGCGAACAAGGAAGCGAGUGCCUUUAUCCACCAGAAGACCCGAGAAAUCGUAAAGGACGAGCAGAAGGCAGAUGUGCUGACGUCUACAGAUUGGUUUGCUCGUCGUCCUCUGACUGAUGAUCGAUACUAUCAAGCUUUCAACCAGGACGAUGUGACAGCUAUUGAUCUUGAAAAGACACCAAUCGAGGCAAUUGUGCCGUAUAGUUGA